UCUGGAUGCAAUUUUAAUAUUAAAAACAAUUGAUUCAGAUGUUGUUAAUUGCUUGUUCAAAACUUUAUAUUAAUUGUUUGUACAAAACUAAGUAUUGGUUGAUCAUUAGGCUUGUUCAACUGCAUAAGAUUUAUUGUCACUUCUAAGCCAUUGAUUUCCAAUUCAGAGAGGGUGAGUAUUGGGUAGGGGUUGAAACAUCUACCCUAUCGGCGUCGAUCCAGUCCACAGAUCAGAAACGCGGCCUCGCAGCGUUAGUUUACUUACGGCCUUGCUAUAUUUCUUCCAUCAACUGUAACUGCUGUAACCAGCGCUCGAGUCUCCCGUAUCUACGUGCACACGCACAAGUAUGGAGUAAAGAAAAGGAGAGAGGGGUACAUAGCAUACGGUACACAGGCACAACACAAAACAGAACACGGCACCGUACCGGAGAGAAGAACCGCUCGAAACUGGCUGUGUUAAGAGGUCUCCCCUGUCGCAGGUAAAACGCCGCCGCUGGAAAGUGAGUUCAGUCGCGGCCGCGCGAUCGCGUCGAACGAUAUUUACCUGCGCGUGCAAAAUCCUGCUCGGCAUUCAGGAGCGUAGCCGUCCGCUCCAGGAGCCUCGCGAGUGUGCAGUGCGCCGCUCCGAAAAACCAUCCGUCGCAGAUACUCAACACGUUGCCAGAGCGACCAGCCAGACAAGAUUACAGGCAUGCGAUUAUCGUAGCGAGGCAGGACUGGACAAGGGAGAUUUGAAAUAUUUACGCAGCUAAAACGAUAAACAUGCUGCCAUGGUUGCUGGCCGUGAUCUGGACAGCACUUCCGGUGGUGCUGUCGCAGAGCAACUACGCGUCGCAGGGCAACAGCAUCGAGUAUCAGCCGGGUCUGCCGCCGAGCACCGUGUUAAACGGGAAGGUUACCAAACUGGACGACAUCUCGUCGAUGAUAUUUUUGAAUCGCACCAAGGCGUAUCUGAACUGCAGCCAGGGUAGCAUGCAAGUCGAGCUGAAGUUUGAGGAACCAUUCUACGGGGUCGCUUACGCCGACUUUGAUCGCAACAGCGCGUGCAUAUUUAAAGGACGCGGAUCGACUAGCGCCAAGUUGGAACUACCACUAAAAGGAUGCGGAACGAGGCAGGAUCCUCAACGCGUGUUCACAAACAACGUUGUAGUUCGCUUCCACCCUGGUCUCGAAAUGGACGGGGACGAAGUUAUCACGAUAGUCUGCCGAUACCCGCCGCCCGUGGCACCUGCACCACCAGCACCUCCCGCCAGCAUUUUGGCUACCCAGGCACCUGCACCGUUGCCAGAACCGCCGCUGAAGGGCUUCCAGAUUCUGUUGAUCAUCUGCGCUAUACUAUUUCUCUCGUUGCUGUUGCUUGGCCUCGGUUGCUCGUACAUGUGUCUGAAACGCAGAAACGUUCGCGUGAUCCACCGGCAUCCAUUCGGAAGUGGCUCGGGCUCAGAGAUAACGAAACUCUCGACGUCCUCUCUUAGUAAUAUCACCAUGUUCGAGGGCCUGAAGAUACCCCGGGCUCAUGCUCUUCUGCACGCACCGCCGUCCACCACCGGUAGCGAUGCAAACCUAAUGAUCGACCACUCGUUGCCCAGCGAUUAUCCCAGCGAGAGCUCAGAGGUGGAUGAAGAACCGUCAUUACCUGUGUCCUCGGCCGGUUCCUACGAUAACAAAGCCUUCAUCCACCACGAAACACAUCAACGACAGGAAAUGCGAACCUCAAGCUCUCUGUAUUCGGAAACAGUCGCAGCGGAAGUAGAAACAUCGUCCAUAACCGCGGCGAAUGCUUCCAGAACUGCGAUUCCACGUCAUAUGAUGGCGACGCCGAUCGAACCUAAAUUCGAUGUCCAAAUGCGAGUUAAAAGAGCUCCACCUCCGCCGCCGAGUCCUUUACCCUCGGAAUCCGACGUGGCAAGCAUCGCUUUGGAAAGAAACCUGACCACCAUUUUAGAGAAAGAGGAAACCAGCCUCACCCGAAAUCUCGAGAGUCCACCAGCCAGGAUGACUACUUUCUCGUACGUUCCUGAGCUUCACGGGCCACCAGGAGGGACACCUUCAACGUCGACGAUCUCCAGACAGCAAACGCCACCAGUUUACUCCAGGAUUUUGAGGAAACAAGCUGAAAGAGAAACCAUAAGUACCAGCGUUAUUCAGGAACGAAUUCCGUCGCCAUCGCCUAUCGAACAGCCUCCUCUGCAACACCACGAGAUCCGAAGACCCAGAUCCUUGACCUCGUUAAAUACCGAGCUGACGGAGACUCGAUCCUUGACAGAGGUGACGGAUCACACGCAUGCCAAGUACAGAGUGGCCAGUAUCCUGGCACCGACACCUCCUCCGCCCCCACCGAUUGUUCCCACGGUCACUACCACCCACACAGCCGUUCAGCAUCGCGAGCAUCGUUUGUUCCGGGAAGAGAUGACGGAACCAUUGGUGGAGCCUCAAGUCGUCGCGCCGAGACGUCCAGAGAUAAUUACGCACGAGGUGGACGACGUGUUCCUGAAGACGGUUACGGAGAAGAAGACUAUAGAGGACGUCGAGCGGCACCGCCGUCAGGUGACUGAGUACCGGGCGAAACCACCACCAGAUCCGAAAUGGGACGUAACGAUCAGGAACUAUCCAAUGGAGAAUAUUCCGCCUCCGCCACCCGAAUGGGAGAAUUUCUCCGAUGUUAGUUCCAACUCGAAUCUGACAAUAACGAACGAACCGACUGGGAACCAGGUCGAGGGGCCAGUCGACGAAGAACCAGAUAUCAAUAUCGAACCUACCUACACUGCCAGAGCCGAAAUUCCUUGCAGGCCGCCACCCCAUCGUUCCGUGGACGAAACGGACACCGAUUGGUUCAGUAGACUGUCCCGUGUUCUGGACCCGCGUUACGCUUCUGAAUUCUCUGAAGAAGAACGAGUCAAGUGGAGGGAGAUAAUUACUACGGACAGUACCUUGAGAACCCUCUUAACGGAGGCUGUAGUCAGGGAGGAUUACGAGUUGAUACGGAAAGACGCGAGAUAUACGAACCUCUUCCCGCCAGCCAAGUGGGACGUGAUCAUCCGCAUCUUGAGUCCUCCCCCGACGCAAGCGGGCUCCACUUCCUCCUCGACUCACGGGAAGAAUCAUGGACAGCGUUACAAGAGGUCCAAGUCCUCGGAGUGGGACACCAGAUCCAGGAGAUCCUCCCUACCCACUCUGUACGAAUACGAGAGCGACGGAGGAAGCUCUCGAGCUCACAGUCAUCGACUGCAAAUGUCCCAUUCGGCCACCGCGAUGGGUCAGUCGAGCCGCCUACGCAGACUUGGUUCCAGCCAUAGGGGUACAGGAGUCGCUAGUGAAGUGGACGUCAGGUCCAUGUCUGAGAUGACGGUGAGAGACUUCGCCAGAGUGGACAGGGAUGACUUGACUAGUCUGAGCUCGUUCGAGGGUGCGGACUCUUUGGUGAGAUCUCUGAGCCAGCCCAGUUUGGCAAGAAGCGGUUCGGAGUUCACCGAACACUGGGGUUUACCUUCGGGGAUGUUGGAUCUCCCGCCCUGGACGGCGGAAGAGGAAGGAACCAGCUCCGUGGAAACUACCCCCCGAGUAGUGAGGAGAAACGAUCGUCUUGAGGUUCUAGCCUCGUUCGAUGAUCGUAGACAGGGAAGUUCAACCACGAGAUCGAGCCGAUAUAUUGAGAGACAGCUGAAUGUCACCGAGAGCCAGAGAAGCUCGAACUGGUUCCACGACGACUCCGAACCGGAAAUGCAAAUCUGAAGGUUUACGCGAGGUGUUUGAUUCCGUGUUCCGUCCAUCGGCUGAUCAAUGAGCGUGGUAAAGGCUGAGUAUUGGUGGGCCAAGGUUGUCUUUUUAACAGGGUAUCGCGUUUUAAUAUAAAAAAAAAUGAUAUUUAAAUGGAAGACAAAAAUCUUAACGUGAACUGUGAGAUAUUUCUUACAAAAUAUCAAGAAUUCAGUAUUAAGGGGCUAGAGUAGUCACGUGACUUUUCUAACAUUUGUCGGCACAAUUUUUUAUGUUUUUUGACGUUUUCUUGCUCUCUGUCGCCUAUAACCCCGGAAAUAACAGUGUAAAAUAUGUAGUCUAGCCCCUACAAGUAGCAACAAUCGAAACAGUUAAAUUAUAUGCCAAUGUAAAUAAACAUGGGCGCAAAAAUGUUUAUUUAUUGCAAAGUAAUAAGAUCAAAGGAAGUGCUAGUGAAAAACGCUUGUACAGCCAAUACUUAGAACCUUGAUUACCUAAAAUAUUACAUCUUUUUUCGGAUUGAUAAUAUUAAUUGUUCAACUACCCUUGUGUUCUGUUUUCAUCUCUUCUUUUUAAUCGAUCACGCUUUUUUUAAAAUUGAAGACGUUUAUAGAUUGUAUGUUUUGUUACAAUAUUAUUUUGUUACAUAGAAGGAUGCUUGGUCAAUAUUCACUGCCAAUUUUCCCUCGCAUUCGGCAGUUGGGUAGACGCUAUUUUUUUACAUUUUUUUAUCACUAUCGAACGCUCUCGAACGAAUAUAUUUUUCGAAUUAACGGACUGACUGUUCACAGUAACGAUUGAAUAAAUUGAGAUACGAAUCA